AUGCGUCUUCCCAGCUCAAUUCUCUUAGCAUUGGCUAGCUUGGCCGUAGCUCACCCUGGCGAAGAUCACCACGAUGAGCUUCACCAGCGUCGCUCAUUCGAAGCCAGUGCCGAGCGACUGUCUCUGCGUCACUGUGCUGAGAAGCUAAAGGCUCGAGGUGUGACUGACCGUAACAUCAAGCGUCGAUCCGCCUUGAUUCAGGAGCAUCGCCAGAAGCGUGGUAUCAAGAAGCGGGAUCUCGAGGACGUGCUCAACACGGACCACAACAAGACCGACCUCGGUUACACUCCCAACACCCCGCCUGAAACUCUCUUUGCUGGGCAGAACUCGUGCGUCCUGACUCCCGAGGUUACUAUCGGUCCUUACUAUGUCAGUGGUGAGACUAUUCGCCGCGACCUCAAGGAGGACCAGGAGGGCGUUGACCUUAUUCUCGACUACCAAAUCAUCAAUGUGGAGACCUGCGAGCCUGUACCAGAGCUCUAUCUCGACAUUUGGCACUGUAAUGCAACCGGUGUUUAUGCUGGUGUGAACAACGCGGGCAAUGGAAACACCGACGACACGAGCAAUAUUAACAACACCUUUGGCCGUGGUAUCCAGCAAACCGAUGAAGAUGGUGUUGCUCAGUUUGAGACACUCUUUCCUGGUCACUACACCGGCCGUACUACCCACAUUCACCUCUUGGCUCAUGCAAACGCUACUUUGUUUGAGAACAAGACCCUUGGAAACGAUAUCUACAGCAGCCAUAUCGGACAGACCUACUUCGACCAGGACUUGAUUCACGAGGUUGAGAGUCUUGCUCCUUAUAAUACCAACCAGCAAGAGCUGAUGACCAACGCUCGCGACUACAUUCUUGCUGAGGCUGCCAACCAGGAAUACGACCCAGUUGUCGAGUGGACUCUUCUUGGUGACACUGUUUCGGAUGGCAUCUUCGGCUGGUUAGCCUAUGGUGUUAACAUCACUGUCACCAACAAGGUCACCCCUGCGGUUUUUAGAUAUGAGGACGGUGGACAUACCAACCCUGAUUUUGGAAUGGGAGGUGGUCCUGGCGGGCCAGGUGGUCCCCGACCUUCGCGCCCAAGUGAGGCAGAGGAUGUUGCAGACAACUCCUCUUAA